AUGGACGAUCUAGCACUCGCGAACACGAUUCGUUUCGACGCUGCGAACGGCACGCGUCCUUUGAGCUUGUACGGACGCGCGGCGCUGUUGAACGCCCUGCCAGGGUUCCCGGAAACUCCACCUUUGGUGUUGAGCGCUACGCAGCCAAAGGCGUACUUGUUGCGAAACUUUCUCAGCGCGGAAGAGUGCGAUCACUUGAUGAAGCUGGCGAAGAGAGAAUUAGCUCCAUCGACAGUGGUCGGUGAGGCAGGCGAUUCGGUGCCUUCGGACAUCCGUACGAGCGCGGGCAUGUUUCUACGCAAAGGACAAGAUAAAAUCGUCAAAGCCAUCGAGGAGCGAAUAGCGCGCUUGAGCGGUACGCCCGUCGACAACGGCGAAGGCAUGCAGAUUUUACGUUACGAUGUUGGGCAAAAGUACGAUCCUCAUUUUGACUAUUUUCACGACAAGGUGAAUCCGGCGCCGAAACGUGGAGGUCAACGCUUGGCGACGAUGCUGAUCUAUCUCGUGGACACGGACAAGGGCGGCGAGACGACAUUCCCCAACGCCAAGCUCCCGCAAUCUUUCGAAGCGGACGAGCCUGAGAAUCCGUUCGCGUCGCACAUCGAGCACACAGAUUGCGCCAAAAAGGGCAUUCCGGUCAAGAGCGUUCGUGGAGACGCCAUCUUAUUCUUUUCGAUGACGCAAGACGGCGUGCUCGAUCGAGGCUCGCUUCACGGCGCCUGUCCGGUGAUCGAGGGUCAAAAAUGGACCGCGGUGAAGUGGAUUCGCGUGGGUAAAUUCGAUGGGAAUUAUCAGGAAGAGAUCCCCAUGCCCAAACUAAGCCGUCGCACCGACGAGGAGCCGUGUGUCGACGAUUGGGACGAGUGCGCGAAGUGGGCGUCACAAGGUUGGUGCGAGCUGAACCCAGAGUUCAUGACGACCGCUGACUCGGCGCGCGAUUCCCAAUCCGCGGCGUGCGCAAAAUCGUGUGGGUUGUGCAACCGUCGGUCUUAG